UAAUCACUAAUAGUUGAAAAAUGAUUGAUUUGCAAGGUUUGAAGCUGAAGAACCCUUCCAAACUCAGUGAAUUGAGCUACGAACGGAUUAGGGUCAAGAACGGCAACAUUAUAUCCAAGGAAAACUAUUGAAACUUAGACACAGCUAGAUGAGAUAUCUGCCUGAAAGAUUACUGUCAGAUCUUUGAAGACGGCUCCAAUGAUGAUCUCAUCAUGUGAGAUGUAUGCAAGGUCCUCGUCCACCAAUCCUGAUAUGGAAGAGACAUCCUCUCCAGCAUCCCUGAAGGAGACUGGCUCUGUGAAAGAUGCAUUUAUCUCCUGUAUAAAGGAAGGAAAAGAAAAUGAGCAUUUUGUCUUGACCAUUCUGGAGCAAUAAUUCAGUGAAAUAUUGUGCCUGGUGAAAAUCAGCAAAUCAAGCUAAAAUCCCCUCUUUGGACCCACAUCACUUGUGCUAACUGGAUCGGAGGAAUCGUGCUUGAAGGAGACAACAUUUCCUUUGAUAAAGAACUCUUGCCAGGAAAGGAGUGGUGAGAAGUCUGUAGAAAACCUGGAGAAUUUUUGAUAGCUUGUGAUUAUGAAAACUGUGAAAUAAGAUGGCAUGUCAGAUGAGCAAUAAAAAUUCAAGUGAUUACUCCCUCAGAACAGAAUGAAGAAGGGGAAGGAGAUGAAAAAUCUGAAGAUACUUCAAAAGACCCAAACACCACAGAAAAUUCAGAAGAAGAACUCCUUCUAUACUGCCAGGAGCAUCAAAAACUCCAAAAGAGGUUGUCUUUAGGGACCACUGUAGCAGAUUCUGACUCAGAUAUUCCAUCUGGCAGCUCUUUAGCCGUGAUUCAUCGGCUAGAGGAGCGUAUUAGAUCUCUCCAAUCUACUUUAAAGAUCCCUCCGAAGCCAGAGGAGGAGGUUACUCCCUCAGUGAAUAAACCUGACCUGGGGCCAUACCAGCCUGUAGAGACUAUGAACGAAAAUUUGUUGUAUGAUGAGUUAGCCAAUUUCAAGGAAAUAUUCCAUGAUAUUAUAACAGAAGUAGCACUAAACAAGCUUAAAGUAGUGAAUGAAGUGGUUUGGGAGGAAAUUGAAAGGAUUAAGAAUAGGGAUAGAGGAGAAGCAGAGGAGAAUUUGUUGGAUAACUUAAGGGAUAGAUGUAGAAUCAGAAAAUAAGAUAAUGUCGGGUUUGGAGGGCUCUGAAGAGGUUUUAGACAUUUUUUGAGGAUCUAGAAAUGGAUUUUGGACCGAGUAUGUGGGAGGAGAAGAUGGAAGGCAGGGAUUUGUGGGAGAAGAAGUAAUUGAGGUUGAAGCUGAAACCAGUGAGGAUGAAGAAUUUACUGGAGAGAUUUUAUAUGAUAAUGAUCAAUUUAUGGAUGAUGAAUUUGAUGCAGUAGAGUAUGAAGAAAAGAAAGAACACGAUACUCAAGCAAAUCAUAACGAUUCCCAUUCUAUGACUAAACAAAAAUUAAGUAACCAAACAGACAAGCUACAAAAUCCUCCUACACUAGACAAUAAACAAGACUCUAGUACCAGCGAUAUUGAAAUGAGCCAAAAGCAGCCUCAAGGAACAGAAAAAGUUGAAGCCAUGGAUGCUCAAGACCCUAUCAUCCCUACAACACAACACCUAGAUGUCUCUCAAAGUAAAGAUUUCGGUCUACUUUCCAAACAAGCUCAGGCUCUUCCAACGAAAGAGCCUAAUGCCAGCAAGACACAAGACCAAGACGAUGUGGUUAUGACUGAAAAUGUUGAUCCUCCUUCUGUUACAAAAAGCACUGAGGAUGACCCUCUACUUAGUAAGACUGACCUUUCAGCUGAACCCAAGGGUGAAGAAAGCCCUCAUAGAUCAAGUCCUUUUAAAGCAAGUUCAAUCACUAAAAAGCAGUCCCUCUGAAAUUCCGAAGGCAGCAGUCAGGAGGAAGAUGACUAUGACUCUGAAGAAGUAGAGCACUUCGUAGACUAUGUAGCCAAGAAAAUAGGUCUCAAGAACUUUCCCACAUAUGAAGAAGAGAUAACUUACGGUCCGAUGCCAAUAAGGAAAAAGAGAAAGGUCAGAAGAAAGAAGGGAGGAAGAUAAGUCCGCCCAACAGAAAGAAUUCGAGCAUGAAAUAGCCUGUCUAAUCGGCAACACUGAGCUUGAAUUUGAGUUCAUUAAGAAGCAUAUGACUGGGGAAAUAGAAUAUCUUCCUGAAGAAGUCCUUCCAAAUUAAAGCUUGCCACUCUAUUAUACCAAGUUUAGUGAAUUUGAUGUUAGAUAAAAGCCAGAGUUUCCUGUAUAGGAAUCAUG